GUUCUUGGGUCUUGUUAAUGGCUAUUGUGAGAACUUUUUUUGGCUCUGGAUGGUUGAGCAUUCUACUAUGCUGACUAAAAUGCCGCGUGCAGAUGAUGUAUUGAGGUUUCAGUUAGAAGGUGAAUUGCUAAACCGUGGUGGAGCCGCAAGAAAGAGAUAG